GCGGCCAAGUACUCCAUGACGGCGGCCAGGUAGACGGGGGCGCCGGCACCGACGCGCUCGGCGUAGUUGCCCUUCCUCAGCAGACGGUGGAUUCUGCCGACGGGGAACUGAAGUCCGGCACGGCUGGAGCGGGUCUUUGCCUUUCCCUUCACCUUUCCUCCCUUGCCACGUCCAGACAUGUUGAUGCUUGUUCUUGUUGCGACGAAACGAAACAGAUGCCAGCCUAGGGCCGCCUCAGAGUAUUUAUACUCGAAGGGGGGAGUGCGGCGCGACAAAAGGCCGCCGACCGAGUUAGCGGUUCCGAACCAAUGGAAGUUGCGGAGAGAGGAGAGUGGCUCGCGCGCCGCUCCGCCGCUGCCGGAUAAAUACGGGGCCCUUUCACUGGGGCAGCAUCAGAUCUGUUUGGACUGAACCGCACUCACCAUGCCACCCAAAACCUCCGGAAAGGCUGCCAAGAAGUCUGGCAAGGCCCAGAAGAACAUCAGCAAGUCGGACAAGAAGGGCAAGAGGAAGCGCAGGAAGGAGUCGUACGCCAUCUACAUCUACAAGGUGUUGAAGCAGGUCCACCCCGACACUGGCGUCUCGAGCAAGGCCAUGAGCAUCAUGAACUCGUUCGUCAACGACAUCUUCGAGCGCAUCGCCUCCGAGGCCAGCCGUCUCGCCCACUACAACAAGCGCUCCACCAUCACCUCCCGGGAGAUCCAGACCGCCGUCCGUCUCCUCCUGCCCGGAGAGUUGGCCAAGCACGCCGUGUCUGAGGGCACCAAGGCCGUCACCAAGUACACCAGCUCCAAGUAAGCUGUUCAGCAGCAAGCUUGAGGCGAAAAUCGGCCCUUUUCAGGGCCACCCAAAACACUCAAGUAAAGCCACUAAGCAAUGAUGAAUAUUUGAUAAACU